AUGAGCCAAGAUUCAGAUGCCCAAAUUGUCAAAGAGUAUAAGGAGAAAGCGGGAAAAUGGACAAGUGAGGACUUGUUCUAUAUUCUUGGUCAGCCAAGGGCAGUUAUUAGGUCAUUAAGAAAGUAUAUCAUCGAAUGGACGAUAAACAAUCACAACAACCUCGAAUUUGGUGUUGAUAAUGAGAAAGAUAAGAUUAAUAUACGAAAAGCAAAAAACUAUUAUGAAAAUGUUGAUAAUUCUUUCGCAUACAGUCUGUUUUUCAUUGGCUCAAAGAACUUUAAUAAACUAAAGAUGCCCACUCUUAAUAAGCCAGACUAUUCCAUUGUUCAAGUAUUACAUAACAAAGAUUUUAAUGAUAAAAUGGAAGGCGAAUUUUUCCGAUACAUUUACAACCCAUACAUAUUCGGUCGUGCAAAAGAAAUAUCAGAGGCAGAGAAACUGUAUAUUUUACAGAGAUAUAAUAUUUCAAUUUUUACAAGGAAAGAUUCGGAUUACAAGCGAGCUAUUUGUCUUCAAAUAUUCCAAGGUAUGAAUACAAACGUCCUAAACUUCAAAUACCUUGAUUGCAAUAUUAUGAAUACAUCUAAAGAUGAUCAACAAACAAAAACCAUAGAACGCUUGGGAAAAUUCCUUUCUAUUGUUGGUUACAAUAGAAGCGUGCCGAUUCGCUACCAACAAGAUUACAUUCCAAGAAUUUUGAUUUCAUUGCCAAAAAGUGAAAUUUUCAUGCAUCAAACUCCGUUCUUUAGGAAGUAUAUGCUUAUCCUUAAUGAAAACGAUGGAAAAGCCUUGAUUCAGAAUCACAAUCUUUAUGAAUUUAAAAAAUUCAUUAAAACAAGCCAAAAAGCAGACCAAACUAAGAAAAUUGAUAGUAUCAAUUUGUAUGAUUUUGCUCCAAUACCAAUGUAUCUUCCUAAUGCAUUGCUAAACGAGAAAUUCAACUUCGGAUCAAGUAUGAUUUUGUACAUUUUCUUUUCUUACAUCAGGGGAAAGAAGAAAGAUGAAACAUCGAAUUUCUACAAAAACUAUUUAGAGUUAAUGAAAGAAUUCACGGAUUUGACAAAAGAAAUUGGAAUUCUGAAGCCAUCAGAAUAUCUUAAGGAAUUGAUGGAAGGAUACUGCAAAAAAUACUUUCACUCAAAUGAAAAGAUGAUGGAUUUAGCAAUAAGACCAACAAUCCAUGAAAUUACCAACCAAAUAAUUAAUAAUUUGACACCUAUCUUAUGCCGCAAUGAUGAUCAGUUUGCAAAGUUUACAACUGAAUGUUCUGUGCUAAAUUUAAGAGAUAUGCUGUGCGGAGUUAAUAAUCCAGAAAAAUGCAACAAAAAAUUUAAUGAAAAUUAUUACCCUGGGGUUGUUAAAAAUAUCAAAAAUUAG